CCUCCCCCCUUAUCGUACUAGUUUUUACCAGGGACCUACCCCCCACUCGCGAUGACUUCAAGCCACGAACACCAAUCCAGUCGUGCAUCAUACCAUGAAAAGGGGCAAACUAGUACUAAUGUUACCGUGCUUGACGAGCGUCGUCGUGCGGCUCUAGCAGAAAUCGAUAAUGCGCCCUUCUCUUGGUUCCAUGUCAAGGUUUGCCUGGUAGCUAGUGUAGGUUUCUUCACCGAUGCCUACGACAUUUUUGCUAUCAACAUCGCCUCCGUGAUGUUGGGAUUUGUCUAUGGUCACACAAAAAAUCAGCUCAGCUCCAACCAAUCUUUGGGUGUGAAAGUAGCUACUCCCGUCGGGAACUUGGUUGGCCAAGUACUUUUCGGGUGGCUCGCAGAUAUUAUCGGCCGGAAGCGGAUGUAUGGCGUCGAGCUAAUGAUCAUGAUCAUCGCGACAUUUGGUCAGGCUCUCGCUGGUGAGGCUCCAGCAAUAAAUAUUCUAGGUGUUAUCAUUGUCUGGCGUUUCAUUAUGGGGAUUGGUAUCGGUGGUGACUACCCAUUGAGUGCCAUCAUUUCCUCAGAAUUCGCCGCUACACGUUCACGUGGUCGUCUCAUGACUGCCGUGUUUGCUGCACAAGGAUGGGGCCAAUUCGCUGCCGCUCUCGUCGGUAUAAUCGUUGUAGAAGCAUACAAGGAUUCCAUUCUCAGUGCUCCGUUCCCUUGUAGAGUCCCUGUCGAUCAUACCUGGCGUCUCUUGAUUGGUCUUGGAUGUGUCCCUGGAGUUAUUGCACUCUACUUCCGUCUUACCAUCCCGGAGACUCCUCGUUUUACCAUGGACAUCGAACGCAAUAUUGCGCAGGCCACGACAGAUAUUGACAACGUGUUAACAACAGGGAAGUCAGUCCAUAAUGAAGAUGCCCCCGUCCAGCUUGUCGAAGCCCCGAAGGCAACCCGCGCAGACUUCCGAGCAUACUUCGGCCAGUGGAAGAACUUGAAAGUCUUGAUUGGCACUGCCUACUCGUGGUUUGCUCUCGAUAUUGCUUUCUAUGGCCUUGGUCUCAACAGCUCGACCAUUUUGACGGCAAUAAACUUUGGGAGCCCCACUAGCGGACAAACAUCGCUCUUUGUUUAUGAAACCUUAUACAAUAUUUGUGUUGGUAAUCUUAUCCUCUCCAUCGCGGGCUUGAUUCCAGGAUAUUGGGUAUCUUUCCUGUUUAUCGACUCCUGGGGCCGCAAGCCCAUUCAAUUGAUGGGCUUCACUAUACUCACCAUCCUUUUCAUUAUCAUGGGUUUCGGUUAUGAUAAGUUGAACACCGCCGGCCCGGGCAGGAAAGCUUUUGUCUUCCUGUACUGCCUCACCAACUUCUUCCAAAACUUUGGUCCUAACACGACCACUUUCGUUGUUCCGGGAGAGGCUUUCCCCACCCGUUACCGAUCAACUGCACAUGGUAUCUCUGCUGCAUCCGGCAAGCUUGGAGCUGUCGUAUCCCAGGUUGGCUUUGCUCAGCUGAUUAACAUCGGUGGCAAGAACCAAUUCAUAGGCCAUAUUAUGGAGAUUUUCGCUCUGUUCAUGUUUACUGGUAUUUUCUCGACACUUCUCAUCCCCGAAACAAAGCAAAGAUCGCUUGAAGACAUUUCGAAUGAGGAGCAGGAAGGCUACAUCCAAGGCGUUCCUGAAGCGACAUCUUAGGCAAAUACCACUGUGCGCGGGACACCAUGAAAAUGGUGUCUUGCGAACUUAGCCACGGACUACGCUCACUAUCUAUGAAUACUUUCCAUGUCUCCUCUUUUGUAUCGGUGCACUAAAUAAACAAUGCAUGUAAUUACAAUGACCUAUAAUGUUAAGUUAAACUCGCCCUGUUGA